CAAUAUUAAUCACAGUCCGUCAGGCAGGCGCUGAGGGGGCGAGAGAGAGAGACAGAGGCAGGUCAGCCCAUCACCGACCGCGAGCUCGCCGCCACUCCGCUCCACUUCCACUUCCGCUUACCAUUCCCACUCCAGCGCAGCACAAAACAAUCUACUCUUCUUCUUCUUCUUCUCGAUGCUGCCGGCGGCGAUGGCCUUUUCGUCUUCCAUAUCCCCUUCCUAUUCCUCCCUCCUUUCCAAAUCCCCCAGGCCCAGCAUCUGCAACUACAAACACAAACUCCCCUCCACAUUCAUCAAGAUGCGUCCUUCCUUUCCGCUUCCCCUACUACACCUUCCCAUCUCCAGAUUAGGUUGGAGUUUAUUGCAUCAAGAGAGGGAUUCCUUCAAGUCUAAUCUUUUUUCUUCAGUUACUAGCGCAGAUAGCUCACUAGAUGAAGCUGUUCAGGGAGCUCAGCUCCCCAAGGGGGACUCUUGGUCCAUUCAUAAGUUUGGCGGCACCUGUGUUGGGACUUCUGAAAGGAUACGCAACGUUGCCAACAUUGUAGUCAAGGACGAGUCAGAGAGAAAGCUAGUGGUUGUGUCAGCAAUGUCAAAGGUGACCGAUAUGAUGUAUGAUCUUGUACACAAGGCACAAGCCCGGGAUGAUUCUUACAUAGAAGCAUUAGAUGCUGUUUUCGAAAAGCACAAAGCAACGGCACAUGACCUAAUAGCUGGGGAUGAUCUCUCUAGUUUCUUAGAGAGAUUGCAGGAGGACAUUAAUAAUCUUAAGGCAAUGUUACGCGCAAUAUUCAUUGCUGGCCAUGUGACUGAGUCCUUUUCUGACUUUGUGGUUGGACAUGGGGAAUUAUGGUCUGCUCAAUUGCUCUCGGCUGUUGUCAGAAAGAGUGGGGUCAAAUGUGCGUGCAUGGAUACCAGAGAUGUUCUUAUUGUGAAUCCUACAAGUUCUAAUCAAGUUGACCCAGAUUAUUUGGAGUCGGGGCGAAGACUUGAGAAGUGGUACUCAGAAAAUUCAUGCGACACAGUUGUGGCAACUGGGUUUAUUGCUAGUACACCUCAGAAUAUUCCGACGACUUUGAAGAGAGAUGGAAGUGACUUUUCAGCUGCAAUUAUGGGUGCUUUGUUCAAAGCUCGUCAAGUUACAAUCUGGACUGAUGUCAAUGGUGUGUACAGUGCAGAUCCUAGGAAAGUUAGUGAGGCUGUGAUAUUAAAGAAAUUGUCGUAUCAGGAGGCAUGGGAAAUGUCAUAUUUUGGGGCCAAUGUCUUACAUCCUAGAACAAUUAUCCCUGUCAUGAAAUAUGACAUUCCGAUUGUUAUAAGAAAUAUUUUCAAUCUAUCUGCACCGGGGACAACAAUCUGCCGAUCUACUGGUUUUGAAAAUGAAGAUGCCCAGAGAGUGGAUGCACCUGUCAAAGGAUUCGCAACAAUUGAUAAUUUGGCCCUUGUAAAUGUUGAAGGAACUGGAAUGGCAGGUGUUCCUGGAACUGCUAGUGCUAUUUUUGGUGCUGUAAAGGAUGUCGGAGCUAAUGUAAUUAUGAUAUCCCAGGCUAGCAGCGAGCAUUCUGUAUGUUUUGCUGUACCUGAGAAGGAAGUAAAAUUUGUAGCUGCAGCCUUAGAGUCUAGAUUUCGUCAGGCCUUGGAUGCAGGUCGUCUUUCUCAGAUCGCAGUUAUUCCCAACUGUAGCAUCUUGGCUGCAGUUGGCCAGAAAAUGGCGAGCACUCCCGGAGUCAGUGCUACACUUUUUGAUGCACUUGCCAAGGCUAACAUAAAUAUACGUGCUAUAGCUCAAGGCUGCUCUGAAUAUAAUAUCACUGUUGUUCUCAAACGAGAAGAUUGUGUAAAAGCAUUACGAGCUGUGCACUCAAGAUUUUAUCUGUCAAGAACUACAAUAGCAAUGGGUAUAAUUGGGCCAGGACUGAUAGGCAGUACAUUGCUGGACCAACUCAGGGACCAGGCAGCUGUCCUCAAGGAAAACUUCAACAUUGAUUUGCGUGUGCUGGGUAUUACUGGAUCAAAAACCAUGGUGUUGAGUGAUACAGGAAUUGACUUGUCACUGUGGAGAGAUCUCCUAAAGGAAAACGGAAAAGUGGCAGAUCUGCAGAAGUUUGUUCAACACGUGCAUGGGAAUCAUUUUAUCCCCAACACAGCAAUUGUAGAUUGCACAGCCGACGCCUCUAUUGCAAGCCAUUACUAUGACUGGUUGCGCAGAGGGAUCCACGUGAUUACACCAAAUAAGAAAGCAAAUUCAGGACCCCUUGAGCAGUAUUUGAAGUUGAGAACUCUUCAGCGGCAGUCCUAUACACAUUACUUUUAUGAAGCAACGGUUGGAGCUGGUUUACCAAUUGUUAAAACUUUGCAAGGCCUCCUUGAAACUGGGGAUAAAAUAUUGCAAAUCGAAGGGGUAUUUAGUGGGACCUUAAGCUACAUAUUUAACAACUUUGUGGGUGGCCAGACUUUUAGUAAAGUGGUGAAGGAGGCAAAAGAGGCAGGUUUCACUGAGCCAGAUCCCAGAGAUGAUCUAUCUGGAAUGGAUGUUGCUAGGAAGGUGAUAAUACUUGCUAGAGAGUGUGGGUUGAAGCUAGAAUUGUCAGAUAUUCCUGUCAAAAGUCUAGUGCCAGACCAAUUAAAGGAUUGCCCCUCUGCUGAGGAGUUCCUGCUGCAGCUCCCUCAGUAUGAUGAAGACUUGGCAAAACAAAGGCACCAGGCUGAAGCUGCUGGUGAAGUGUUGAGAUACGUUGGGGUGGUGGAUGUUGUGAACCAGAAAGGAACAGUGGAACUGCGCAGAUAUAGAAAAGAGCAUCCUUUUGCCCAACUUUCAGGAUCAGAUAAUAUAAUAGCAUUCUCAACCCAGAGGUACGAGAAGCAGCCCUUGAUUGUCCGUGGUCCAGGCGCCGGGGCAGAGGUCACUGCCGGGGGAGUAUUCAGCGACAUAUUGCGGCUUGCAUCAUAUCUUGGUGCACCAUCCUAAACUGCUGCUUCCCAGCUCACCCAUUAGUUUAUGGUAAUAAUUGGGUUAUUCAUGUUUGCAGUUUUGCAGUUUUAGAUGAUUUAGUCGGAUAUUGUAAUUGGUAAGUCUGACAUGCAGCCACAUUCUGUUGUUGAUGUCCGUCCGGGGUAGUCUGUGUUGUGUUGUUUUUGUUUUUGCCACUUGCCAAUGGUAAGAAAACUGUGCAACCAGAUUUAUGGAUUGCAUCGGAAAUUGGGUUUGGGGGAGAUAUUUACUAAGCAUAAACCACCUCUUUGUGCA